UAUCUCAGCUGGCUGAGUGGGUAGACAAAUAAGGUGAACUCCAGUCCUCACGUGUCAAGAGCAACCUAAAAUUAACCCAGCGAACAGCUGAGCACUCGAGUGUGUGUGUGUGUGUGUGUCGUCCACACACACACACACACACACACACACACACAGGCGCGCGCGGCUCAAGCAUCUUUGUCUGUGACAAUACCAGGAUGACACGAUUCUCUUACGCCGAAUAUAUCGCAUUAUUUCGAUCAAGCGACACAAAACGAAACUCGCCGCAGAAAACACCAUCAUCAUCAUCAUCAUCAUCAUCAUCUGGAGGAGCUGCGAACCGAGACGAAACAGACCCGUCACAAGUCCGGUCUGCCGUCAGAAGAGCUGAAGCGUGUGACUCAGACGACUGGACGGCUCUGCAUGAAGCGGCUCACCGCGGCCAGACACACUGCGUGAGGACUCUGCUGACAGAUCCUGGCGUGUGUGUGGACAAACGCACGCUACAGGAGCAGACGCCGCUGAUGCUCGCCGUUCACGGAGGACACCUGGAGUGUGUGAGGAGUCUUCUGGAAGCAGGAGCCGACCCUGACAUAAGCAACAAGAACAAAGAGACGCCUCUUUAUAAAGCGUGUGAGCAGGAAAGCAUCAGCGUGGUGAAGCUGCUGCUGGCGUCCGGCGCGGCGGUGAAUCAGCGCUGUUCUCGCGGCUGGACCGCGCUGCAUGAAGCAGCGAGACGAGACAACACUGAGCUCUGUGAGACGCUCCUGAGAGCCGGAGCCGCUGUAGACGCCCGCAACACUGACCACAUCACACCCGCGAUAGAGGCGGCUCGACACGGACGCACAGGAGCGUUGGCGUACCUGAUCCAGAGCGGUGCUGGUGUGAACGCUCAGACGUGUGACGGGAACACUGCUUUAACCCAAGCCUGCAGACACGGUCACACAGAAACUGUCAAGCUUCUGCUCAAACAUCACGCUGACGCCAACAAAGCCACCGACACCGGCCUUCUGCCUCUGCACAUCGCCAGCCAGCACGGACACAACGAGAUAGUUUCUUCACUGCUCCCGGUCAGCAGCCGGGCGAGGGUCCGGCGGAGCGGUGUCUCUCCGCUUCAUCUGGCGGCGGAGCAUGACCGGCGGGCCGUUCUGAGUCUGCUGAUCGAGUCGGGAUUUGACGUCAACAGUAAACUGUCUCCGGAGCGCUCCGCUGGGUUCCAGGACCGGCGUGUUUCUGCUCUGUACUGCGCCGUCGCUGCCAGGAACACAGGGGCCGCCGCCGCUCUGCUGAGGGCCGGAGCCGACCCCAGCACUGACCCCUGCAGCCCGCUGCUGCUAGCGGCGCGUCACGGCUGUCUGGAGACUGUGGCCCUGCUGCUGGAGCACGGAGCCCAUGUGAACACAGGCUUCCCAGCGCUGCUGCUGCACACUCAUCAGCUGGACCUCCUGCAGUAUCUGCUGGACCGCGGCUGCGACGCUCGGCCCUGCUUUACCUGCGACACACAUCACAGCGACCUCAGAACUCACACGCGCCAGAGACACACCAGCGACACUGACGCACAGUUAAAGUUCUGUGACUGGAUCUCGUCCUCCUGCUGGAGACACUCAGCCGGGCGGCUCGUUGAUCUGCUGCUGGACUAUGUAGGAAACGUUCAGCUCUGCAGCAGGGUCAGAGAUCUCCUUCUGGACCAACCGGAGUGGACGAGCAUUAAGGAGAAGACAUCGUCUCCUCGAGGCCUGACGCAUCUCUGUGGGCUGAGGAUCCGAGAGCAGCUGGGGCCGCAGAGACUGAGAUGUGUGGAGUCCCUGCCGCUGCCGGGCCCCAUGCUGAGGUACCUGAGCUCCAGGGGCCUUUAGCACAACACUGACCACUCCUGUCCACUGUGUAUUUAUAUCACUUUUAAUUGAUCUUGAUGUGCUUGACACACAGUUUCAUGUAGAUGAUCUGAAAAUACUGAUAUGAUGGUGGUGUUCACAGAAUAAACCUGCUCCCAGGCUUCGAGUGUCUGAGCUCUUGAAAAGCUGUCAUUCCUUUCAUUAACAGACAGUGCAAAAUAGUGAAUUAUUACCAGAUU